AUGUAUCUCAUGAUUACUUUAUUAAUAUUUUUGUUUCAAUAUCUCAAUCUUUCCGAAACAAUUGAACACAAAUUAACCUUAUCCAAAGCAAAUGCAGAAUUGGAUGAAGCAAUACCAUCUGACGUCCAAUCUGCAUGGAUAAAGUAUCGUGAUGAGGUUAAUAUUGAUUUGGAUCUUUUUACUUCUGGUUUUGCUUCAAAAGCCGAACAAAUUUUGAAUGGAUCAACAGUUUCUGAUGAAUGUUCACAAGGAAUAAGGUUCAUGUUGAAGCAAGGAUCGAACAAAAAGAUUUGGGCGAUUAAGGCUCUUGAUUCAUGGGGACGAUUCCCUCCACCCGGACUAUUUAGUGGAACAGCAAGUUCAUUAGGCUCAUAUGAUCAGUGUCUAUCUAUUGAAACACCAAGUGAAUAUUUUGAUACACAGUAUUGUUCGGUAUAUUUCAAUCCUGUUUUACCUCGACGUCCUGCUUUUCAUAAUAUAUUCCAUGCAGUCCAGGUUUAUAAUCAAUCCUCGAACUUAACUCCAAAUCAAAAUGCAAUUGAAUUUCUUGGUUCAAAGGCUCAGUUUUUUUAUUACAUUCCUACAAGGAUCGGAGUUUGCUUGACAACGCAUUGUAAUCGAGAAGAAAUUGAUUCCAUCGUUAAAAUUAUUGCUCGAAAAAUGUACCUGAAAGGAGAAGUAGCUACAUGUGAAAGUAAACUAACAAUCUCACGAAACUUCAAUGAUCAUCAAAAAAUAGCUAUUCAAACUGACUAUGAAGUUGGACUACUCUGGAAUAAGCUAAAAAUUAUAUUAAUCCCAGUUUUAUACUCAAUAGUUGGUACUUUUAUUGAUUUAUUCACGAGUCCAGACAGAAACAAUUCGUUGUUCAUCUCGCUGUUUCUAGCCUUUUCAAUGAAAAGAAAUUUCAUUUCGCUAUUCUGCUCAAACCAAAAACAUCAAGAAUUGAAGUGUCUCAACGGAAUCCGAGCUCUCACAAUGACCUGGAUAGUUUUUGGUCACACAAUGAUCACCUUGAAUUUUCAUGCUUUCAGCUAUUCGUUCAACAUCAUUAAUAUAAUCAAAUCAUUCGGUGUUCAAGCGCUUUUAAAUGCUACAUUCACUGUUGAUACAUUUUUCUUAAUCAGUGGCUUAUUGACAUCUUUUAUGACCUGGCAAAUGACAAAUGGUUCACAUAAGAAAUUCAAUCCAUUUUGGUUCAUUGUUACUCGUUAUUUGCGUCUAACACCAUUCAUGAUAAUUGCUAUGUGUGCAACGAUUCUACUACCGACGAUGGGUUCAGGCCCUCUUUGGGAUCUCGCUCAAUUUGGUGCUGCCUGUGAAAAAAAUUGGUGGAUCAAUAUGUUUUAUAUUCAAUCAUUUUACAAGACUGAGGAAAUUUGUUUAUUCCAAUCUUGGUGGCUUUCCAGUGACAUGUUUUUCCACGUUUCAUCAAUUAUAGUUCUCAUUCCGUUGCUGAAGAGUCAAAGAUUGGGAAUUAUCAUUAACUCUAUCGUUAUUUCAUGUUUCAUUGUAAUUUCAGCAAUCAUUAAUUACACGCGAAACUAUCCACUCUCAGUAUUACCAUCAACUCCUCAUGUAGACGAAUUUUCGAAAUUCAUUGCAAAUUAUUUCAUGAAACCUUGGACGCAUGGACCACCGUUUUUCAUAGGCUUAUAUCUGGGUUAUUUAGUUGCCAAAAAGAAGUACAUCAAAAUAACUAAGAAUGUAUCAAUGUUUGCUCAGAUUAUGGCGAUAAUUUCAAUGUUGAUCGUUCUCUAUGCUCCAUAUCCCUUAACCAUUGGUAAGACUUGGUCAAAAUGGGCUGUCAUGGUCUAUGAGUCGACCAGUAGAGUAAUAUGGUCACUAUCUGUCUCUUGGAUCAUUUAUGCUUCAGCAUCUGGUCAUGGAGGUUUCAUCAACAAGUUCUUGAGCUUACCAAUAUUCAUACCAUUUGCAAGGAUAUCUUAUGCAGUCUAUCUGAGUCAUUCAAUUAUUAUUUUUGCUUACAUGGGAUCGAGAAGAAACUUGUUUUUCACUGAUUCAUUCACCGCUGUCAGUGUUUUCAUUUCACAUUGGGUUUUGUGUCAAAUAUUUGGUUUGAUUGGAGCAGUUUUCGUUGAAUAUCCUUUUAUUAAUUUACAAAAAUUGCUGUUGAAUAAUAGAAUUGGAAAGAGCCGAUCGAGGACUCGUGAACGAAAUGAAGAUCAUACAAAAAAACUUAUGUCAAAAUUCCCCUUUCCUUUUAUUAUUCAGUGUUUAUCUUCCACUUGGUGGCUCUCCGUUGAUAUGUUUUUCCACAUUCUGUCAGUUUUAGUUCUCAUUCCAUUGAUGAAGAAUCAAAGGUUGGGAAUCACCAUCAACUCAAUCAUAAUUUCAUGUUUCGUUGCGACUUCAGCGUUCAUCAACAUUACCAGAAACUAUCCAAUCUCAAUUUUACCAACAUUCCCUCAAGUGGAAGAGUUUUGGAAUGAUUUUAUUGUCAACUUUUUCUGGAAACCUUAUAUUCAUGGACCACCAUUUUUCAGUGGAUUGUAUUUGGGCUACUUAAUUGCGAGAAAAAAGUACAUCAAACUAACCAAAAAUGUAUCAAUACUUGCUUGGGUAAUGGUAAUCCUCGCCCUUUUCACCGUUCUUCAUGCUCCAUAUCCUUUAGCCAUUGGUAAAACUUGGUCUAAAUGGACUGUGAUGAUCUAUGAGUCGACUAGUAGAGUAAUUUGGUCACUAUCUGUCUCUUGGAUCAUUUAUGCUUCAGCAUCUGGUCAUGGAGGUUUAAUCGACAAGUUUUUGAGCUUACCAAUAUUCAUACCAUUUGCAAGGAUAUCUUAUGCAGUCUAUCUAAGUCAUUUAAUUCUCAUUUUUGCUUACAUGGGAUCGAGAAGAAGCUUGCUUUUUACAGAUUCAUUCACCGCUAUAAGUCUUUUUCUGUCUCAUUGGGUUCUAUCGCAAAUUAUUGGCUUGAUUGGAGCAGUCGUAUUUGAAUAUCCUUUCAUUAAUAUUCAAAAAUUGCUGUUGAAAAACAAAAACGAAAGCGGUAAAUUGAGCGCUGAUGAAUGGAAUAAAGAUUACACAGAUAAACUUGUUAGUUCUGUUUGAUAAAACUUCAAUCUCAACAGCAACUUGAAAGUGUUCAAUUCAAUUCUUAGUCCCUUCCAAGUUUAACCAAGGAUAUUUUAUACAACACUUAACUCAAUGUUUAUUAUCACUACAUAAUCAUUAUAUCACUGAACAUUGUUGGACAUUUACAGUAGCAAUACUUUCCCAACCGAAGUACCAGCUGUUUGUGAAAGUUCUUGAAAUAAGAUUUGGAAACCAGCGCGAACCUGUACCGGUUCACGGAAUUCUUUUGUCAAUUGUACUUUUGAAUAAUGUUCAGCAAAGUUAUUAAAGUGAGGAAAGCUUGAAACUUGCUAAAGUUUGAAGUUAUUUAAAGCAAGAUGCAUAAAUUUCACAGAAAUUUCAUAUUUACCUUAAUGAUGCAUCGGAAACUUAGCUUUUAUGGUUUUCAAAGUGAUGUUAUGAAGUUAUGUAAAGCAGUAAAAAUUGUCUUGUAACUGCGAGCUUCUUUCGGCCAUUAACAUCAGAAUGAUUUCCAAUCUUCACACUCUUACAUUAGUAAGUUUGCCGAACACUGAAGUAAUGAAACUAGAUUCAACUUUUAAUGAUGAAAAUAAUCAGAAACUAAAACUAGAAAUGUUUGAGAAAAAUUGUUAUUGUUUAA